AUGUCUAAUACAAACUUGCAGGAUACUUUCGAUAAUAUAAAUAUUUCUGUUGGGUAUGAUGAAGAAUUGGAGAGUAUAGCCUUCGCUGAAAGUCUCACGUCAGAAAGUGUUGUAGAGAGUGUUGGAAGCGAUAAUGAUGCAUUAAAUUAUGAUAUAGAAAUACCCUUUUUUUUUAAUAAUGCUAAUUUUGAAAGAGCAAGAACAUUUAUAGAAAAAGAUGAGAAUAAUGAUAUUUUUUUAUUAAAUGAUAACGAUAAUACUGAUAUCAAUACUGAAGUAGAUAUGGACACAUCGACAUCUUCAAUUUUUGAUUUUGAGCAAUCUACAUCGGGAUCAACUGAUGGAAACGAAUAUUUUAUUAUGGAUCAACAAGAAAAUUUGACUGAUCAUAAACGUCAACGUAGACGUACAACAAAUAAUGAAAAAAUGGUUUUAGAAAACUUACUUAAAUUUGAUUAUUUUCCAGAAGAUAUGGCUAUUGAAGUUUUAAGACAACUUCAAAACUUUAGCAAUGAUUGGGAUAUACAACGUGUUCGAAUAUAUUGGAAUAAUAAUAAACGAAAAAUUUCUAAAUAA